AUGGCAGCUCCUCAAUUGAACGAUAUCGAUGCACAACCUCUUGGUUCUAGGAAUAAUGAAAACCCAAUUGCAGCAAUAAUCAAUGAAAAUGAUCCCAAUGUAUCCGGAGCACAAUCAAUUAGUACACCUGGUAAUUUGUCCAACAAUGAUUUUGAAAUUGAAUCGUCGGUGAGAAAAUUUAUUGAUGAAGAUGAUGGUGAACCAGAGUGUCCUUUGAAAAAUAAUAAUGAACUAUAUUGUUAUGAUCGAGAAACAGCUAGAACUUUGAUGUAUUUAAUAGAUAGUAGAGAUCGCCAAAAGGUGUUAACAUGGAUAAGAAAACUAGAUGAAAUGAACGAUGGUGAUGACAUGUUGGAACGUGUGCACUACAUCAAGUACCUGGUGUCCACGCUGAGUGGAACGUUAGGAUUGGUAGAACCGUUCACGUCUAUGCCACCAAAAAUAGUAAAACCUUUGAGACUUAUCUUACCACCAACUGUAUUCGCCGAUCUAUUGAAAGACGAACCUGAGCCUUGCAUAAGAAAAAAACUAUUUGCUCAUAAAAUUCCAAAUUCGAAUAGUCAAUUGCUACAAGAUAAAAAGUUUUAUGAACAACAGUUAUUCCCACCAGAAGGCAUUAUAUGCUAUGCGGCUGCUUUUAGCGUCAUAUAA